AUGAAGAAGAACGAGGAUGCAGCGGCCAAGAAGAAGCCGAAGACGAGCGCUGCCCAAAUACGUGUACAGAAAGAUCUUACUGAGCUGGACUUGCCACCAACGAUGAAGACUCACUUCCCAGACGCAACCAACCUCCUAAACUUCACUCUUACCAUUACCCCCGAUGAAGGGAUGUACCAGGGCGGAGCCUUCAACUUCUCGUUCAACAUCAAUAGCAACUAUCCUCAUGAACCCCCAAAGGUGAAGUGUCUACAAACGAUAUACCACCCAAACGUCGACCUCGAGGGGAAUGUUUGUCUGAACAUCCUGCGAGAAGAUUGGAAGCCGGUGCUAAAUCUGAAUUCGGUCAUGGUUGGGCUGCAGUACCUUUUCCUGGAGCCAAAUGCAGACGAUCCCCUGAACAAAGAAGCAGCCGAGGAACUCAGAAAGAAUCGAGAACAGUUCUUGUACAACGUAAAGUCCUCCAUGCGUGGCGCGAAUAUCAAGGGUGUGCACUAUGACAAAGUUCUCGAGCAUUGA